AUGCCCGGCCAGGGCCAGCCGGAAGAAGAGGGCCCCAGCCAGGCUCAUCAUUGCUCCCAUCAGCAUAAGCUGAUGGAUGUUGAGCCGCAGAUCAAGACCAUGCAUGCCUCCUGUGUGCACGGAGAUACGCAACCGCGUCACAGUCAGAACCAGAGCCAAGGUCAGAGUCCCAGUCACUUCGAGAUGGAGGGCGACCUGAUUGAUCUGGAUGAUUAA